CUCGCAACCUCUCAAAAUCUACACUCACCAACAUCACUCCCCUCCCUCUGCUCGCCAACACACUUUGGGCGCUUUUCAUCACCAGCACCGUUUCGGAUCUCAGCAGCUUGUCACAGUCACUGGAUUUGGAACACACGCAACUGUCUGCGCAACCUUGUUCCGCUCUCACAAGGGAGAAGCUGCAAAUUUCUCAUUCGUCCUUCCUCUUGUCAUCAUCGUCAGCCGCCUCCUGCUGGUCCUCGUGUCCGUCCACCUUCCAUCAUCCUCUCACCUUUGUCCGGAUUACGCGGCAUCCUUGGCCGGUCACAGAAUCACCUGGAAAUCUACAUUUCGCCUUCGCUUGGGCUAUUUGAAUCUCAGUCAGGGAGAGCAAGCGGCGAGUUUCGGGCAAAUAUCACCACAUCAACACACCAUCAGAUCUCUCCCCAUCAUCCCUUUGUGGAGAGACGGCUCUAAAUCCCCCAAUUCCAUCAUCGCCGUUGCAUUCCUCGCUUGGCAUCAGAAGAUCAUAUUAUAUAUUUCGAGAUUGCCACAAGUCAUCACCAUGUCGCGCUCCAUGCGUAGCCAUGGCCGGGAUUGGGACGACGACACCCCGAGUCGCAGCUCCUUGAUAAGCUCGUUCGCAGCCUGCGAAGCGCGAUGGUCCAAGCUAGCAGAGCCGGCAGAUCGUCUGAUGCGACUGCCCAACAAACUCACAUCAACCUACGUCGACCGCUAUGGGCGGACGACGUUCGACGAUACCUACGCACUGGGCUGGACAUCAACGCGGCCACCGCCCAUCGGCCAUAACCACCCCAAAAUCAUCAGGGCAAGGAAUAACGGCAACUGGUCCGAGAAGUUAGAGGCAUACUAUAGCGAGCUACCACCAAACUAUAACAUUCCUUUGGCUGGUCAGGCUUGCAAGAAGGCCGAUGAAGACUGGAGUUCGCGCAGCUCAACACGAGUCGCGACGCCUUUUAGAGUAGAUUUUGGACCUUUCACCAUCCUCCUCGAGGCACUCGCCAAGAUACGCAAGCCUAGGGAGCCGACUGCAGGGAAGAAGAUGUGGGAAUGCCGUUUCACACCGAAGGACGUGGAAAAGGAGAAAGAGGACAACUUCCACAACCGACCAUCCAUCAAACUCCCGCUACCAGAUCACGUCAAGGCGUUGCUUGUCGACGACUGGGAAAAUGUCACCAAGAACCAGCAGCUGGUGCCUAUUCCCCAUGUCCACCCUGUCGACGAGAUCCUGAAGGACUACCUCGAGCAUGAGCGUCCCAACCGGGUACCAGAGUCGCCACAGAUGGAUAUUCUCGAGGAGACCGUUGCUGGGUUGCGCGAGUACUUUGACAGGUGUCUAGGUAGGAUCCUUCUCUAUCGCUUUGAGCGCGCACAAUACCACGAGCAGCACUUGAUCUGGACUGCCGGCACGGACGAGAAGCAUAAGAGCGCCUCCGACACUUAUGGCGCUGAGCACCUCGCUCGUUUACUGGUAUCCCUUCCAGAACUCGUCGCCCAAACAAACAUGGACCAGCAAUCAGUCAACCGCCUCCGCGAGGAGCUUAUUAAGUUCACCAACUGGUUCAGCCGCCACACGACCAAGUACUUUGUCAGCGAGUACGAGACACCCAGCCAGGAGUAUGUGGACCAAGCUAGAAGCGUUUAGGAAUCUUCUUUUGGCCAUAUUCCGAGGGAGGUGUUGGAAGAGAUGAAAGCAAAACGGAAAGCAGAAGCUUUGUCCGAAGCUCAGGGGGCGAAGAGCUCGAAGAAGAAGACCCGUUGAGGUGAUUUCAUCUUCCUGCGUUUAGCUGUUUUGUCGGGUUGUGCAAUGAUGUCGAGGCGGUGACUUCUUACCUCCUGAAGGAUAAAGUUUGUACGGGUGUGGAUGUCACUGAGUCGAAGUUCGGUUUAGGUGCGGUUGUGGUUCCGGGUAAGGCUGGAGGAUGGCGAGAUCAGACAGACACCAGUCAGUGGGUUAUGGUCUUGCUACGGACGGAGGGCAGUUGAGUGCCUGGCUCCCUCUUUUCUUUUUUCUUCUCUAGAUCAUGUUGGUCUGUCGCUUUGAUUAUGUGGUUGUGGCUUGAUAGCUCCUUUUGGGCGCGGAUGGCCGGCGUUUGUGUCUUGCUUCUUUUUUUUCCUUUUAAUUCAUUUGAGGUUGAGAG